AUGACUUACUUGGUUGUAUUGGAAUAUAUCGUUGUUAUUGAGAAAGAGGCGAAGGACUUUAUGGAUGAGAUUCAAAUAGUAGAAGAAUCUUUGCAAAUCGAAGAGCGUCCAAGUCUAAGCGCCCUACUCCGCCAAAUCAACACAAUCAGCCGAAAGAUCAGGGCAUCUACCCUAGAAGAACAGUGCAAGUUCGGCGUUGAAGCUGCGAACUGGAUACAUGGAAUUCUGAUGCGAUCACACAGCAACCUUUUCGAUCCUGAUACUGACUUGCUAGGAUCGGCCAGAAGAAUGCAACAGUAUCAUCCAGAUCGUUUGAAAGAAAGUAUCGCAGAGGUACGUCAGCAUAUCGCCGAUAUACGAGCAGAUGCCCAACAAGAGAAAGACGACCUUCGAGCGGCAAGAGAAGAACAGCUCCUCGCACAGAGCAUUCGAAUCGCAGAGGAAACACAAAGAGACAGUCGUACCAUGCGAGGCAUAGCGUGGGUGACAAUUGCGUUCCUUCCCGCAACCUUCGUAACCUCAUUCUUUGGCAUGAACUUCUUCAAUGGUAUUCCUGGAGAUAUUCCUUUCGAUCAAGCGAGCCGCAGCGUCUGGUUGUUUUUCGUAGUAGCAGUGCCAAUCAGUGGCAUUGUUCUGCUCACGUUCUAUUAUUGGGAUAAACAAGAGAAGAAGAAAGAUGACCUGAGAUUGAGGGUGGAGGAAGAAGCGGCUACAACAAACCAAGAUGAAUCGAAAACAGUAACACCUGUCGAAAAUGGUAUGGAGAUGUCAGAUCUAUCAUAG